AUGCCCGAUCCAAACAACAAACUAAGCCAAUGCGACAUGUCAGUCUCAGAAAAAAACAAACGUCAGUGGAGUGAAGAUGAAGGUAACUUGUCAACUCAAAUCACUCACAACAUAUGGGAUAAACAACCUGGUUGCUUGGACACACCUAAUUUUCGGAAACUAGAAGCUUCAAAUGUUGUUUCGGAUACUAAAGUCGAUUUCCCAACCGGUAAAUCUAAUCCCGAGUUCACAGAAAAACUGUCUAAUUCGAACACAAUUAGCGACAAUCGGAUAGAUAAUAUUCCUGCUCUUACUCCUAUGGCUUUUGGUUCUGGACAAGACGCUCAUUUGUCAAAACAAGAAGAAAAUCGUCGGCAGUGGAAGGCUGCAUUAGAUGAACAACUGAAAGAGCAACAACUUAUGCGAGGCAAAAAUCUUCAGGAACUGCAAAAGGAGUGCGAAUUCAAUAAAAUUCAGUCAGGAUCUUCUUCAAAUAACUGCGGACAUUGUGACAACUCGAAUGAAUUUCAUGGAUUAAGUAUAUCGAACAAUCCAUCUAACAGCGCAUUGGCAUCACAUCCUUCGGCUAGUCAUUUUAUGUCGUCAGGUUUCUUUUUACCUGAUUCAGCUGUUACCAACGAUUUCCAUGCAUCAUCUAGAAAAAUGGAUACUACUAACCAACCCUGGAAGGUUGGUUUUAAUCGUAUUCGAGGUUUUACUCAACAACUGUAUAUAGAUUCCUUGGAAUCCGCUGAACGUGCGCGACUUGCUCACGAAACUAGAUUGAUAAAUUUGAAACAAAUCGAAGAAAAACGUCGUCUAAAAGAAGAAGAGAAAGCAAGACUCCUUAUGGAAGAGAAAAUGGAAGAAGAGCGUAUCUCACGUGAACGUCUUCGAUUACAACAAAUGGCCGAGGUUGAAAAUGCUCGAAAAAUAGCGAAAGAUGUGGAAGAAUUUCAACGUACACAAUACUUAUAUGAAUCACUUGUUCGCGCUCAAGAAGAAGCGAAGCUGACUAAAAUUCAAAAACAUCCAUGUUACUCAGAAUUAAAACGAAACAGGGAUUCAUUAAGUCAAAAAGCCGUCAUACAGUCUGAAUUACUUGUCCCAUAUUUGUCUAUUGCAUCUGAGGUUGAAAAACAGAGUCAAAAUAAUCCUUUGUAUCCUUUCCUAUCUUCAUCCGGUUGUAAUGCGCUAGAUUCUGUUGCAUAUCCUAAGAAUUCAUUGGCUGUUCAAACUUCGUUUCCCGAAAAUAUCGGCAUUCAAACAGAAAACUUCGAAUGGACUAAUUCGAAAGACAAACAAGUUUCGAAUAAUCCAGAUUUGAAAAAUCAAAAUAAUGGCACUCCUGCUCACAAACUAAAACCCAGUGACAACAAAUCAGUAAAGAAUAAUCUGAGUAAAAUGUCUGUAUCUGUGUCAAAUCAACAAAAACAACAGUCUCGACCAAAUCGAUUAACCUCAAAUUAUAAACCUACAAAUAAUAAUAAUAAUUUAGUUAAUAAUAAAACAAAAGUAUCACAACUACUAAAAGGUAAACGAACUUCUAAAUCUCAAUCAUUUAAUUCUGAUUCAUAUAAUAAUAAUAAUAAUGAUAAUGACUUUUCUAAAUCAGCCAAUGAACAAUCAAAAUUAUCAAGCAGUAAUAGCGCACAAACAAUUAAUUCAUUUACCGGUACGAAUAAGUUCGAAAGUAGAUCUGUCCAAGAUGGAAGUAGUAUGAAAUCACGUAUUCCCAUACCGAUAUCUACAGCCUACAGUAUAUCGUCAACUUCAAUGCCAAAACAUCAAGUUUCAACUAUCAACACUGAGUCUCCAAAUAAUACUACAUUUCUUAAUCAUGAAAAUCCUUAUGGGCCUGCGGAUCUUAUUCGUACGUAUGAUGUAUUGAUUCCGAAUGAUGCAAAUAUAUUAUUGCCUGUCAGUCAUGAACCUGGUGUUGUUGAGAAUACUAGAAAAUCAGAAGGCAAAGAUUCGCUUCGAAAUUCGAAUACAAAAUAUGAGCGUUCAAUUACCCGACAAGAUACUAUUUUACAACAGUUAUCAGAAAUUCGUAAGGGUUUACAAUUACGUCAAAUGUUGUGUGAAUCAAGCACUUAUGAAGAUGAUAUUAAUUAUUAA